AAUAGGGCUUACGAUAUGGUUACCCUUAACAACCCUAACAACAACAACGUUUCAAAGAGUUGCCUCGUGUUCUCUAAGUCAUAAAUAUGACCAACGCACUCGAGAGUUACGUCAAUCAUCUUGUCUCUGUUAUAACAGCUGAUGGGAGGAAUAUUGUGGGAACAUUGAAAGGCUUUGAUCAAACUGUGAACCUGAUCAUGGACGAGUGUCACGAGCGGGUCUACAGUUCUCAUCGAGGUGUCGAGCAAGUUAUUCUGGGGCUUUAUGUCGUCAGAGGUGAUAAUGUAGCUCUCAUUGGAGAAGUUGAUGAAGACUUGGAUUCAAGACUAGAUCUUGAAAAUAUUCGAGCAGAACCUCUGAAUGAGUGUAAAACUUGAUAUCCUUAUUGAAAAGUGUAUGGAAAAUUAAGUGUAAAUCUUACAAAAUGCACUGGAAAGAAUUAUUGUCAUAUCUCACAUAAAGAAACCAGAUUUAUGUAUCAGAGACAAUGAUGUGUGAUUUUAAGACAGUCAAGAAAUUUGGCAUAGCUGUAAUGUGAAAUAUUUCAUAUACUACAGAUGCCUCCCAACUUACGAACAAGUUACGUUCCAGAAGGCUGUUCAUAUCUUGAAUUACUCGUAAGUCGUUAUUUUGUCAUUUUUCUAUUGUUACAAUUAUUAUUAUUGUUUUUAAUAUCAUCAUUGUUUUUAUUGUUCUCUCUCUUUUUGUGCUGUUGUUCAUUGAAAACUUAAAGAUAUUACUGUACAGUAUCAGUAAUGUAUGGUUCUUAGUACUAAAGCAUAUUUUAAUAAUAAAUACUGUAAUAAAAACUGUCUGUUCAUGAGUCUGUAUGUUCGUAAGUAGGGUAGAGUCUGUGGUUCACUUGACAGUAAAAACUACAAUUAAUAAAAUAUCUGGAAAAUGGAAUGCUGUCAGCUCAAUAAUAGUCAAAAUUAUUGCCUGUUUUACUAUUUUAUGAUGAUGAGGAACAUUUUCAAUAAAACAUUAUAGUCAAUAGUAUGUACAGUACUUGUACUGUACAUACUAUUGACAUUACAGUCAGUAACAUAGUACAGUACUGUACUUGUACUGUAGAGCAUCAGACUUUACUACUACAUAUCCGUUUUCAUUUUAAGUUAUUUCGAAGUAAAGCGAUUCUGAAAAGCAUAGUAUUAUAACAACAUAAUUUGCUUUUGUUACAUGGUUUGUUUGAUUUUAAUAUAUAAUCAGAUCUAAUAUUGAUGCUACUUGUUUUUUUGCUAACUUUUGUAAAAUUAGCAAAGAUAAUAGAAAAAAAAUGGUUAUUCAAUUCCAUGACUAAAUUUUACAUUGUAUGAGUAUUUCUUGAUUUUUUCACAUACAGGUACUGUACUUAAGACUUUCUUGUUCUUUAAAAAAUUUAUGAUCUUGGAUAUUCAUAUUAUGUACUGCCCUGGAUAAAUAAUAGGAUAUUCAUAUUAUGUACUGCCCUGGAUAAAUAACAGGAUAUUCAUAUUAUGUACUGCCCUGGAUAAAUAACCUAUUUUGUAAUACUGUACUGUAAUAUGGAAAUAGCACAGCAGUUUCAGAGCUAAUUAUAAAUCUUAAAUGCUAAUUAAUGAAGAAUUUGAAUCUAAUCAUGAUUUAAAAGAGCAUUUUAGCAAGUUUUUUAUUAUGGAGGAUUUGUGGCAGUUUAAGUAAAUAAUAGUACAAAACUAAGAUUAAAAUGUGUAGGAUAGUAUCCCAGUAAUUUAUUACUCAAAAAUUAUUAUGGUAGCCUUUGUAAUCUUUUGUAAUCUAUCAUUGCUACCUUUGUCUGUAUUGCUUUAUUAAUGAUGGUUUUAUGAGUUUU